AUUUAUAACAUAUUUUAAUUUGACAUUAUUAAAAUAACAUUUGUCUUUGUUUGGCAUUCCAUGUAAAUUUACAAAGUAAUACAUAGUUUUAAAGUUCUAUAAACCACAAGCUAUAAAUAAAGUACGUGUUUAAAGUCGAUUUAACUGUAAUAACUAAAGAAACAGCAUUUAUGAUGUUGUUUAAAAAAAAAAAAAAAAAUUUUUUAAAAAAAUUGGCCGAGAUAUUUGGUUAACUGUGAUUUUAUUUACUGCAAUGGGGAACUCUGUUUCGUGUAGCUUCUUUUGACGGUUUCUUUUUACAUUGGCACACAUGUCCGCCACAACUAGGCGUGCUGUGUAAAGCUGUAGGACGGGUGUCACAAAUUGUCCAAUCGAAAUUAGAUUAUUUCACAGUAGGUGGAGCUCUAAAAUAUCAUGUCAGUGUUAUAGCAAUAUGGGCGACUAUUGUCCAACCAGUACCUCUAUCUUCACAGUGGGCGCUGUAAUACCAUAUGGGGCGUGGUUGGAGAAUCUUUGGUUUGAGUGCACGUGGAUGUAACCAUGUGGUUCUGGUGUUGAUAAGUUUGCAAGCGCAAAGUAAAGACCGGGGAUAUAUAUUUAUAUGCACAUCAUUUAAAGGAAAUAUUUUUUUAAAAUAAAUAAGAAGCGUGAAUUAAAACACCAUGUCUUCUUUCUUUAUCAAAAAGAAAGGAAAUACCAAACCUGACAAAAAAGCAGAAAGUGGAACAAAACGAAAGGCUUCUGCAAAUGGAGAGGGAAAAGGGCGAGCCAAGAAAAUGACUUCCAGACAUAAUGAAGAGAUCUCCAGUGACUCUGAACCUGACAGCCCUGCAGUGGAAAAGAAAGUGAGAGUCCCAGAAGAUGAAGAGAUUGAGGAGACGGCCCAGGAAAAGAAGUUGCGGUUGGCUAAACUCUACCUUGAACAGUUGAGAGAAGAGGAAGAGGAAAAGGCAGAGCAGGAAGAUUUUGAGAAAGAUCUAAUUGCUGGCAGACUCCAGGAAGAUGUGCUGGAACAGAGAGGAAAACUCCAGCGAUUUGUUGCCAAAGACUAUCAGCCUCCUGAUAUUGCCGAUAUCCGCUUGCUGAGGGGCCACCAACUGCCUGUCACCUGUCUUGUCAUCUCGCCUGACGAUAAGCAAGUUUUUUCAGCUGCUAAAGACUGCUCAAUUAUUAAAUGGGAAGUUGAGAGUGGAAAGAAGCUUCACACAAUUGCUGGAGGGAGGAAGGGGACAGAGGACAGACAUGUUGGGCACACGGCACACAUCCUCUGUAUGGCAAUAUCCUCUGAUGGCAAAUACCUGGCUACAGGUGACAGAAACAAGUUAAUAAUGAUCUGGGAGGCAGUACCUUGUAAACACCUCUACACGUUCACAGGUCACAGAGACGCAGUGUCGGGCUUGUCGUUCAGGAAAGGUACGCACCAAUUAUACAGUGCCUCACAUGACCGCUCUAUCAAAGUGUGGAAUGUUGAUGAAAAUGCCUACGUGGAAACACUAUUUGGCCACCAAGACGUGAUCACCGGUCUGGACAGUCUGAGCAGAGAGCGCUGCGUGACGACAGGGGGUCGCGAUCGGACAGUCAGGGUCUGGAAAAUUGCAGAAGAGUCCCAACUAGUUUUUAAUGGCCAUGAGGGAUCUAUUGACUGUAUCCAAUUAAUAAAUGAAGAGCAUAUGGUAACUGGAGCAGACGAUGGGUCAAUUGCUGUGUGGAGUGUUGGCAAGAAGAAACCUCUGGUCACAGUGAAGCAGGCCCAUGGUUGCCAUGGGGAUGGAGGCCUGGAGCAGCCAUAUUGGAUCUCUUCAGUGGCAGCACUUCAGAAUAGUGAUACUGUAGCUUCAGGUUCCAACAAUUCAAAGGUUCAGCUAUGGAAAUGUGGAGAAGGUUUUCGCAAUUUACAACCUCUCUUCAGUAUUCCCCUGACUGGUUUUGUGAACAGCCUAAAAUUCUCAAACUCAGGAAAUUUUCUUGUAGCUGGGGUCGGGCAAGAGCACAGAUUAGGCAGAUGGUGGAGGAUAAAAGAAGCCAAGAAUGGACUUUAUAUCAUUCCCCUAAAGAAACAAAACUCGGAACAAGACAUAACAAGGAGCAAAUAAUUUACCUGGAUGGAUACCUUACCUGUUUGAAAUUAAAGAAAUAAUCCAACUAACAUACAUGCACCCUAUUAUAAUGUUUCUUAUUUUACAAGAUUUUAAAGUGGGUGGUGGUGUUCAUUUAUUAAAGAGACACAGUGGUAUCUGAAAGCUUAUAUAUAUUUAUCUCAUUUUUUAAAAAAAAAAACACCAUUUACUUGAACCUCCAGAUUCAUACAGGCAAGUUAAAAUCUGUCAGCUCCCUCUCUCACCAUGAUCUGCCUUUUGAUGCCUUACAAUAGCCCUUUGAAGCCAUUUUCACUUGAAUUGAAGCUUCAUCUAAGUAUCUAAAGGUGAUGCUGCAUUGUCAGCUGUGCCUAUGUGACAUCUUCUUUUUGGGCAUAUACUGCAGACUUAUCUAGAACUGAAACAUUUAAUGUGAGAAUUCUCAAGGCUCAGAGUGCAAUACACGGUAGUGAAGUCUACUUUUAAUGUCGGAGUGGUUAAAUAGACCCAUUGGUGAAAACAAAUUGCGGAUUUCAAUCCCACAAUUGUGGGGUUGACUUGUGUCCAUCUUUUAGAUACACCAGUAGCUUUUUUGGGGGUGACUUAUGUAUGCUCUGACCCUUUGGUUAUGGUUAAGAGCUUUUUGAAGGGAGUUUGACUUCGAUUAGCUCUACUAAAGUAUAAAUGGCAUUUACUUUUUCUCCCUCAAGGUCAAAUGUCUGCUGGUAAAGAAUUAUUGUGUAUCAUCAUUCUUCCAAUAAACAGUUAAAUCAACUCAAUUGGUGUCCCACCGAAUCUUGUUAUUUGUUAAACCCAUAAUGGACCAGGCUUUGUAGCCAGUUUAUUUUUACCAUUCUGGCCCUAAAACCAUUAUAACUGUACGAUAUUGGUUAAUAUUGUCAUUCGGAUAGCAUAUUACAUAUUCAAAUACACAAAAAUGAUUUCUAUUAGCUACUAGUAGAAGCAAACACGUCUUUUAAAAUGCUGACGCUUGACAAGUGUUCAACUCUGCGUGUUUCAGAUUGGCAUAUUAAACAUGAGGAACCUAAUUAAUCAUGCCAUGCUUGUACCAGCAAAAUUCUACAUUUAAAUGUAUUCUGUUUGAAAUUGUUGCCAGUUUUUGUUGCCUUGUUUUCAGCUAAUGUUAACAGACAUUCCUACUUGAGUUCCCCUAUAAUGACUGCACCCAGCUGCUGUUGCUAGGCAGCCGUGAAACCGUUUCCAGGAGCACGGCACUGGUUAACUUUUAAAUUUGUAAACAAAUGGAUAUAGCAAGUGCUGAAAAGGAAGCAAAGCGCUGGUAACACUGAAAUUAG